AUGUAUCCAACUUUAUUCCGUAUGACCCCGGAAGAUCAGGUCCAUUAUGGAGCCCUUAUAAAAUAUUUGCAGCAUAUGGGGUGGAACUGGGUUGGAAUAUUAACAUCAUGGGACGGCAGCGGUGAUGAGGAGGCCCAAGAUCUGAGUAAGAUGAUGAGCCAACACGGGAUCUGCAUAGAUUAUAUCAUUCAGAUCACUCCAGAUCCAAUGAAGCUUUCUCAGAACGCAAGAAUUAUUAGUGAAUCAGCGGCUAAGGUGGUCAUAAUCUGCUUCCACGACCCGAUCCUGGAAGAUAUUUGGAUUAAUGGGUUUGGGUGCCUCUCCCCAAAUCCACACAAAAAUUACUAUUUUCAGUUAAUCUAUGGGUUUUCUGCAAAAGAUUGUAGGGAUAUUAAAGAUCUUUCAGAGAUGUUUGAUGCGUAUGCAGCUCUGCCCACCUAUGCAUACAGGGCUGUAAAUGUUCUGGCCCACGCUCUACAUGGAAUGUUAAUGGAGAAAAAGACAUCUGAGCCCAAUGGAUUCCAGCACAGACUGCACAUGUAUGUGAGAAAUGUUCAUUACACGGACUUAAUCGAAGACGAGAUCUACUUUAACGAGAGAAAAGAAAUUCCAACCGAUCUUAUUUUACAAAGCUGGGUGUUUGUUAGCAAUGCAGCUUUUUAUCAUAUCCCAAUUUCCAUGAUUAAAGGUCCAGAUUUUGUGCCUGAAACAUUUCCCGAUAUGAGUCGUCCCGGCUUCUGGAAACGAGGCAAAAUUUUCAGUCUUUAUGAUUUUCAGAUUUUCAGUCUUUAUGAUUUUCAGAUUUUCAGUCUUUAUGAUUUUCAGAUUUUCAGUCUUUAUGAUUUUCCUGAUUUUCAGCCAGUCACUUCACUGGAUAUAUGGGUUACAACCACUGUAAUAAUAAUAAUAAUAAUAUCUGAUUUUCAGGUUCCGGUAUCUCGAUGCUCGGAUCCCUGUAUUCCCGGCACCAGUAAAGCAUUCGGAUCCUCAGUUCAUACAUGUUGCUAUGAGUGCGUCUCGUGUCCGGAAGGAGAGAGCUCCAACAUUUCUGACAGUGAAAUCUGCAUGAAAUGUCCUGAUGAUGAAUGGUCAAAUAAGAAGAGGGAUCGGUGUGUUCCAAAGUUGUUGGAUUUCCUCUCCUACACCGAUGACACCAUUGUUGGAGUAUUUUCAGCUGUCUCCAUCCUCUGUUGUCUUCUGACUGGUUUGAUAUUGAGGAAAUUUAUACAUUAUCAGGACACCCCCAUUGUUAAAGCCAAUAACCGGAACCUGAGUUAUCUUCUCCUGGUCUCCAUCAUGCUGAGCUUCCUCUGUGUCUUCUUGUUCCUCGGCCAUCCAGUAGAUGUGACCUGCAUGCUCCGUGUCACCUCUUUUGGUGUCAUCUUCUCAGUUGCCGUCUCUUCUCUUCUUGCCAAAAGUAUUAUGGUGUAUAUUGCUUUUAAAGCCACCAAACCUGGGAGCCCCUGGAGGAAAUGGAUGGGAGCCAAACUUCCUAAUUUUAUCAUCUGUGUCUUAUCACUGGUCCAAGUAAUAAUCUGUGUCACUUGGUUGUCUAUUUCUCCCCCCUUCCAGGAUCAGGACAUUCACUCUUAUCAAGGGAAGAUCAUCAUUCAGUGUAAUGAGGGUUCAGUGAUCGGCUUCUACUCUGUCCUGGGAUAUAUGGGGCUUCUGGCAGCUGUGAGUUUCAUCAUCGCUUUUUUAGCCAGGACAUUACCGGACAGUUUUAAUGAGGCCAAGUACAUCACCUUCAGCAUGCUGGUGUUCUGCAGUGUCUGGAUUGCCAUGAUCCCGGCCUAUCUGAGCACCAGAGGGAAAUACAUGGUGGCUGUGGAGGUUUUUGCUCUAAUAGCCUCAAGUUCUGGACUUCUUGGUUGUAUAUUUUUCCCCAAAUGUUACAUAAUUCUGUUCAGACCCGACCUGAAUACAAAAACUGGUUUGCUUGAAAAU